ACUUUUCAUCGGCCUACCGCCUUUUCGCAGACUCUUUCCCUCCCUUCAUCUGCCCCGAUCUGUUAACCUCUUCCCCGAUCACCUUUUCGCCGUUCGCGUCCCGUAGCGUCUGAUCGGCGAAGGAGAUCGUGACACGGGAACGCCAUGGGAGCUCCGACUCCUCCGCCUCAUCGCGUCGACGUCCGUCGAGCUCUCGGCGGUGGCUCCGUUGCUGAUUUGCUUCUGUGGAGAAGAUGGCUCGCCGGGGUCGCGCUCCUGUUCUCUUCGACGGCGACGUGGUUCCUGUUCGAGAGAGCCGGUUACAAUCUGUUGUCCUUCGCCGCGAAUACUCUGUUCCUCCUCGUCCUCGUACUCUUCCUUUGGGCUAAAUCUGCUGCCCUCCUCAAUCGACCAUUGCCUCCUCUCCCUGACCUAGAGGUUUCUGAGGAUUCUGUAGCCAAAGCUGCUGAUGUUAUUCUAGAAUGGAUCAACCAUGGUUUAUCCAUUGCACGUGAGAUAACGGUCAAUCGAAACUUGAAGCUCUUCUUUCAGGUUGCCUGUGGCUUGGGGGCGAUUUCAUACAUCGGCAGUCUCUUCAACUUUCUUACCCUAGUAUAUAUUGGGGUCGUUCUUGCCUUAUCUGUGCCUUUCGUGUACGACAAGUAUCAGGACCACAUCAAUGAUAAACUGUGCGUAACACACAGCAUUCUACAAAAGCAAUAUAAAAGAUUUGAUGAACGCGUCUUGAAGAAGAUUCCAGUGCCUCCCAACAAAGAAAAGAAGAUUGAAUAGGAGGCGGGUAUACCAAGAAAAUAACCAAUAUUCAAUUCCUUCAGUCUCAAGCUCUUGCAAGUUCAAACCCACCAAACAGAAUCACCGAAUAAAGGGACGAAACAUAAGUUAACUCAACCUGGGCAAGUUUCGCCUUCUCAGCAUCGUCGUUCGGAGAAGUGGAGGCAGGAGAAACCGGAGAGGAGGCCACCGAGGUGGAGAACAGCUUCGAUUGUCUGCAGCCGAGAGCAUCGCGAGGCGAAAGGGAUGUCAAGGGAAAGACGUUCGAUCCGUGAGCCGGUCCAGCGGCGGAGAGAGAAUUCGGAGAGGAAAGAUAAGGACGGUGGCCGACGAGCAAUGGCGGCUCUCUGGCAGCGAGGCGACGGAGGUACGGCGAUGAGGCGGGACCCGACGGCACCGGGAACGUGCCGGAGCUCGACGCCGGCGCCGGCAAGAGGAGGCUCUGCAUGAUUCGAAGGUCACCGAGUGAAGAAUGGAAUAUGCUGAAGCGAGGUCGGAGCAGAAAUGGGGCAAAAAGAGAAGUGGGCGUUCCAAGUAGAUAUUACUUUCCCUUUGUCUUUUCCUUUUCCCAUUUCAUUUCUUUAUAAACAUUAUUAUAGUGAAAACAUAAGAAAAAAUUAGUAUCCCCGUAAUAGAAUUUUAUGAAUAAUCGAAACAAGUACUUAAUAGAUUA